UAAGUUCAGAGUACACAUGCUCCGACUUUCUCUCUCUUUCGAUUCUUCCAUACUCAGAGUAUGCGAGGUCUGAUUUUCUCUUUCGAUUCUUCCAAAAUCAGAGUCAUACUGCUCUCGGUGCCAUGAAUGGAGAUGAUGCCUUUGCAAGGAGACCUAGGGCUGGUGCUCAAAUACCAGAGAAGGUACAAAAGGUCUUCGAUGAUGUUGCCAAGUACUUCUCUAAGAAAGAGUGGGAAAAGAUGAAAUCCUCGGAGAAAAUCAUCUAUGUGUAUAUGAAGAGAAAGUAUGAGGCCAUGACUAAACUAGGUUUCAAGGCCACCCUCUCACCUUUCAUGCGUAAUAAACGGGCCACAGACCUCCAGGGGAAUGAUUUUGAUAAUCACUGUAACCACGGGAAUCAAGUUGAACGUCCUCAGAUGACUUUCGGCAGGCUCCAGAGAACCAUCCCGAAGAUCAUGCCCGAGAAGCCAGCAGAGGAAGGAAAUGAUUCGAAGGGAGUGUCAGAAGCAUCUGGCUCACAGAACGAUGGGAAACAGCUGUGCCCCCCGGGAAAACCAAGUACCUCUGAGAAGAUUCACAAGAGAUCUGGAAAUAGGGAGGCCCAACAAAAGGAGGAGAGAUGGGGAACAGCUCAUUGGUGGAGCAGUCAGAACACACACAACAUUAAUCGAUUAAGUUUGUCAUCUUCUAUGGGACCCAAAAGGGGGAAACGUGCCAGGACCCACAGACUGCGUGAGAGAAACCAGCUGGUGAUUUAUGAAGAGAUCAGCGACCCUGAAGAAGACGACAAGUAA